UACCAGUAUUACCUAGCCCAGAACAUAGGCCUGACUGGAAUGAAACUGGAGAACCCAGCAGACCCGCAGAUGAUGAUCAAUCCAUUUCAGCUUGAUCCAGCAACGGCUGCGGCUUUGGCGCCAGGACUUGUAAAUAAUGAGCUGCCGCCUGAAAUCCGGCUUGCCAGUGGUCAGCUAAUGGGUGAUGACCUGUCCCUCCUUACUGCAGGAGAGCUGUCACCUUAUAUCAGUGACCCAGCGCUGAAGCUAUUCCAGUGUGCUGUUUGCAACAAAUUCACCUCUGACAGCCUGGAGGCCCUAAGUGUGCAUGUGAGCAGCGAGCGCUUGCUCCCCGAAGAGGAGUGGAGGGCUGUAAUUGGAGACAUCUACCAGUGCAAGCUCUGUAACUACAACACUCAGCUCAAAGCGAACUUCCAGCUCCACUGCAAGACUGACAAACAUAUGCAGAAGUAUCAACUGGUGGCUCACAUUAAAGAAGGGGGCAAAACUAAUGAGUGGAGGCUGAAGUGUAUUGCCAUUGGCAACCCAGUUCACCUAAAAUGUAAUGCCUGUGACUACUACACCAACAGCGUGGAUAAAUUGCGCUUACAUACUACCAAUCACAGGCAUGAAGCAGCCCUGAAACUGUACAAGGUAAGACAGUGACAGCAAUUUAAUUUGGCACCAAGUAGACUAGGAAUUAACUGUUUCGGUGCUAAUUGAACAAGACUGUGAUUAAUCAGCAGAAUAAAUGUUUGUGGAACAUGUGUAUAAUCAGAAGAAAAAAAAAAGCCUAUGCAGGCUGCUUAGGAGGGUGUGCUAGCAGGGAAUUGCGUAGAUUCAUCUGAGGACCAUUCAGCUUUCAGUUUGCCAACAAAGGGAAAGUAACUUUAUUUUUGAAAAUCGUCUCAUAAUACAUAACUAGAGGGGUUUUACGUGUCUGAUAAUCUUUUCAAACUUUGUCCGUUACAUUCUGCGUGGAGGCUUGACAGAAAUUAUGGAAAAUGAUGAAUUUUCCAUACUGUGCAUGAGGAAGGAGAUCACUUUCUGGCUUAUGUAUCUGCUUGCAAACAUAGUCUAUGACAGCCAAGAUAUUUUACAUUGGUAUUUUCAGUAAGGACCUGCAAUAUGCCACAUUAUUGCCAAGGAUAUUCAAAAAUAAGCACUGCCAUCCUUUUGUCUAGCCUUCUUUUCUAGGACAGUAAUGAUUUUUCACAAACAUGAAAGGGUGUGGUGUAGAUAAAUAUGUUAGUAGAAUGGCAACUAUAUUUUUAUCUUUACUGGAAAAAACUAUGUGGAUAUAAUGAAUAUGUGGGAGUGAUGAAUACCAUUUAUUACACAACUUGUCAUGACUUUUUCCAAACCCUAAUUAUGGGGUAACUUAUUUUCUGCAGUGUGUUUACUGGAUUGGCUUGAUUGUCUUGGUUCAUGUACAAAAUAUAACACAUUCAUUUCCAAGAUGAAUAACUUUGUAACUUAUUAAAAACUUCUUUUGUCUAGGGGAUAAAAAAAAUUCAGGAAAUAUUGCAAACCAUUAGUCACUGUAACAAGCUCUAAAUAUGAUUAGAAAAUCCAUUUUGCAAGUGUUAUCUAUUGAUUUAUACUAGAAAUCUGUGAUAACUAAACUAUAAGGAGUCAUCUGCUGAUUACAGCAGCUAUGUUGGUUUUCUAAUCGUGUUGAAAAUGUGUACAUAUGGAGCAAAUACAGAAAAGCCUCAGCAGAUCUGUAGUUUAAGCAAAAAAUAACAUUCUUCUGGUGUUCAGCCAUGUUCAAAUGGUUGUUCCGAGUUAACAGAGUGCAUAGGCAGUAAUCUGAUUUUUAAUUUUAUAACCUGAUAGCUGUAAUCUUGGUGGGUCUUCUAUGACAAAAAUGGCAGCAAUGCAAGAUCAGGUCUAUUGUAUUCUCCCAUUGUGCUGGUUUCUCUGCUAAUUCAGUCACAUAUUUCAUGUAAAUUGCAUUUUUUCCUUAAAUCCAGAUGGGCAGCUUUUUUGUUCUCGUUUGCUCUUUUUUUAAAGACCCGAAGUCCAGUUUUUAAAAGUGCUACAAUAGCCGAAAGUGUAGUGACAAAGUCUGUCUACCUCAGCAGCAAAACUGCCUUCAGAUGUUGCUCUUUGUCAUUUGUAAAGUGGCUCCUUGCACACUCCAGUUAUGCUAAUUGCGGAGCUACACUGUAAAUCAGGAUUUUUAAAUGACCUGGAUUAAACAUAGUUGGUCUCCAUCUCUUUUUUGGAGUGUUAAUAUGGAUUAUUUCAGUGAUCUGUUGCAUAAUGCUACCCUUUAGAGAGAUGCAGCUGCAAACAAUGUCACAAGUGGGAGUUGAGGAGGGAGGAAGUGGAUUCUUCACAGGCAGCUUCAAUGCCACAAUGCCAAAGCUUCAGGGACUUUGAAAAUAAGAUUUUUUUUUUUUAAAUAUAAAAAGUAAAUUAAGUGAUAGGCAUAGCUAUCUUCUUCUCUACUUCACUCUACUUCACUCAUUCAACCAAUCCCUAGAAAAAUAUUUGUCAUAUACAUUUAGUUUUAUUAUAUGAAACAUUUGAUUAUGAAUAGAAAGGAGCAAGUCUCAACUUUUAGCCCUCGUGAGUUAUAAUGUCCUGAUGCUGAUGCUGCUUUUCGUUCAUAUUCUGGUUUGUUACAAUCAAUAGUGCUUGUGUGGUACAGCUGUCCUAUGACAAUCAGAUGACCACCAUCUUAAUCUUUUAAGUUCCAUCUCUGAGUCAGUCAGAAUGAAAGAAUCAUAGAAUCAUAGAAUAGCUUGGGUUGGAAAGGACCCCAAGGAUCAUUUAUUUUCUUCCCCUUGCCACAGGCAGGGCCAUCAACCUCCAGAUCAGGUACUAGACCAGACUGUCCAGAAGGACAUCUCAGAGGAGAAGAAAUGCAUAAGAUCUUAGACACUACCUGAACUUAAUGUCUUGCAGAAGGACAAUCUAAACUGUAAAUGUGGUAAUCAUAAGAUUGCUAGUCUCCUGAUACAUUUAUUUUUUAUGACCUUUCUCUAAGAUUGCUAGUGAGAAUCUCAACUUUUUAAUGUUUUGGUCUCCUAUGACUCCCUCUGGAAGCUCAGAAAUUUGUACCUUGCUAGGCUUAAAACCUCUCAGAAAGCAGAAAGCACAUGCACAUGCAAAUGCUAUUCUCAUAUAAUCUCAAUUUAAGACAAGUUUGAAUUGAUCAGCUUGUUGGUGUUUUAGAAUUAUUGUUCUAGAAUUGAGGUUGGUAGUAUUAGAGUGUGUUGCAAAAUAUCAAAAUAUUCUAGAUGUGUGUGCUUUAUAACAGAAUGUAAUGCCUCUGUAUGUCAUCUAUACAACUUUAGUUGUAAUUGUGGACGUACAUUCAGUCCUUAAAGUGGAAAUAAAUGAGAUUUUGAAAGUCUGUUAUCUACUGGAAGAUUUGAUAGUUUUGUAAGGUCUUGGUGAAGGAGUUGACACCAGGAGAAAUAUAGACUUUUUUUUUUCUUAUACAUCAGAUAAACUUUUAGAGCACCUAAGGAAAAAAAAGCCAUUAAUUUGUAUGAAUAAUAGAUAUAUGCCUUGGGAGCAAUAUUGAAUAUUCAUGAAUUGUGUUUAUAUUCGAGCAGCUCUUCUAACUCUUUUAAAA